AGGACCAUUUCCGGCGCGCUGCGGAGGCUUGGGAGGUGGACCCGGCAGGGCGCGGGGCUGUCACUGGGGGAGCUGGGAGCUCCCCGCUGGCGUCUCAGGCUGGGCAGAAGGCGGGGCUACACCUCGGCGCCCGAGCCGCCGCGAUGCCGUUUCUGCACGGCUUCCGGAGGAUCAUCUUCGAGUACCAGCCGCUGGUGGAUGCCAUCCUGGGGGCCCUGGGGAUCCAGGACCCCGAGCGGCAGGAGCCCCUGGACAGGCCCAGUUACGUGGCCAGCGAGGAGAGCCGGUUGCAUGUCCUCCGAGAGCUGCUGGAGAAGAAGGCUCACUCCCCGUUCUACCAGGAGGGCGUGAGCAACGCGCUGCUCAAGAUGGCCGAGCUGGGGCUCACGCAGGCAGCCGCCAUCCUCCUGCGCAGCGGGGCCAACCUCAACUUCGAAGACCCCGUCACCUACUACACGGCUCUGCACAUCGCCGUCCUGCGAAACCAGCCAGACAUGGUGGAGCUGCUGGUGCGCCACGGGGCUGACAUCAACCGGCGGGACCGGAUCCAUGAGAGCAGCCCCCUGGACCUGGCCAGCGAGGAGCCCGAGAGGCUGUCAUGUCUGGAGCGCCUGCUGGAGCUGGGAGCCGAUGUCAAUGCAGCUGACAAGCACGGGAAGACGGCUCUGCUGCAUGCGCUGGCCAGCAGCGAUGGGGUCCAAGUGCACAACACGGACAACAUCCGGCUCUUGCUGGAGGGAGGAGCAGACGUCAAGGCCACCACCAAAGACGGGGACACUGUGUUUACCUGCAUCAUCUUCCUGCUUGGGGAGACCGUGGGCGGGGACAAGGAGGAGGCCCAGAUGAUCAACCGCUUCUGCUUCCAAGUCACGCAGCUGCUGCUGGCACACGGGGCUGACCCUAGCGAGUGCCCGGCCCAUGAGUCCCUCACGCACAUCUGCCUCAAAAGCUUCAAGCUGCACUUCCGGCUCCUGCGCUUCCUGCUGGAGUCGGGGGCUGCCUACAACUGCUCCCUGCACGGUGCAUCCUGCUGGUCCGGCUUCCACAUCAUCUUCGAGAGGCUCUGCUCGCACCCGGGCUGCACUGAGGAUGAGAGCCACGCAGACCUGCUGCGCAAGGCUGAGACUGUGCUGGACCUCAUGGUGACCAACUCCCGGCAGCUCCAACUGCCCUCCAACUUUGACAUCCACCCGGUGGGCAGCCUGGCGGACAAGAUCCGGGCCCUGCACCACUCCCUGCGGCAGCUAGAGCUCCGCCCCCCAUCCCUCAAGCACCUGUGCCGUGUGUACAUCCGGCUCUACCUGCAGCCGUGGCCAGUGGACACGAAGGUCAAGGCUCUGCCCCUGCCCGACAGGCUCAAGUGGUACCUCCUCAGUGAGCACAGCGGCGCGGACGAGGACGACAGCUGACAGGGCGGUGGCCAGGAGGCUCCUAUGUCCCCAGGACCUGCCCUCCCCUGGGCUGUGGAGCGCCUACGCGUUGGUGGAAGUGGGCGGCAUGGAGUCUGGGGUCCUGGGUCCCGCAUGGGAUGAGCCUGUAUCAUCCUGCCAGCAGGCCCUGUCCCCAACCCUCCACUUGACCGUCACUCACAGAAGUGCUUUUGGUGAGUGGGGAGAAGAUACCCAGGGCCACUCCAGGCCGGCCUUCCUGGGACCCUGUCCCUGCCACCACUGCAGGUCCAGGGGCCACUUCUUGUGCUGGAGGGUGGUCAUGCUGCGUGGCAGGAUAGGCCUUCCCAAGGGCUCUGGGAGCUGGGGGUCAGGCCCAUUAGCUGUGGCAUCGCCCUGUGGCCCUCAAGCCACUUCCAGGCUGCAGUCAGGGGGAACUAUGUAAAGGCCUCUGGGAAGGAGCUGAGGCUGCCGUACGAUGUAUUCACAUCACAGAUUAAAUGGAUUCUCUUGGCUCUGGG